AUGGUACUUGUGAUAGACAAUUUGCAUACAACAUUACCUCAAAUAUUGACUGACAGAAAAAUAGAUAAAGCUCUCAUCAUACAAGGAUAUUUCUCAAUAUUAAUUUUUAUUGUCUUAUUGAUGAAUACUUUUCUUUUUUGUGGAGCAGGAGAACUAGUAACAAAGCAAAGUAAUGCAGUAUAUCAUGCAAUGUGCGAUCUUGAAUGGUACAAAUUGGAAUCAAAGAAGGCGAGAAAUCUUAUUUUGUUAAUGAUGCGAGCUAAAUAUCCUUUUUGUAUCACUGCGGGAAAGAUUUUUCCAUUAACAAUGGCUACUUUUUGCAGCAUAUUAAAAUCAUCAAUGGGCUAUAUAUCGUUUUUAAUGACAAAACAUGGCUAA